AUGACAACCGAACCACCGAGCUUCUGGGACCGCUCACACGUAGUGUGGGAGAACGCGAAACAUGUCGGCCUCCCAAUCAUAAACUGGCUGUGCGGCUACAAGCCGCGCUGGACGCCAGCCGAGAUGGGCUCCAAGGCUGGCCAAGUGAUCCUAGUAACGGGGGCGAAUAGUGGUACGGGCUACGCAACCGCACAGGCAUACUACAACGCCGGUGCGCGAGUCAUCAUGGCCUGUCGAUCAGAGGAACGGGCAAACCAGGCCAUUACGGAAAUCACUUCAGGCGCGUAUAGGGAUAUAAACGGAACUCUCCAAGUCCCAACUACUCCUCCCAAGACUCCGGGGGUACUCGAGUUCCUUGCCCUCGAUUUAGCGGAUCUGUACUCUGUGGAAAAGGCUGCCAAGACUCUGGAGAAGGAGAAACGCUUAGAUGUCCUCUUCGCCAAUGCUGGGAUCAUGGCAGUUCCCCCCGCCGAGACGAAACAGGGAUACGCUCUCCAGUUCGGAACAAAUGUCCUGGGACACCAGAGACUCAUCUCUCGCCUCCUCCCUCUUAUGCAGUCUACCUCUAACUCGACCGCGUCUCCAUCACGCCUCAUCGUCUCGUCGUCAUUCGCGCAUCUCUGGGCCCCCAAAAAUGGGAUCGACGGAGGUAUUGCCUACGACACAUUGAAGGGUACGGGAAAACUGGACAAGAUCAAAGAAUACGGCGAGAGUAAAUGGGGUGGAGUCGCCCUUGCGAGUGCCGUAUGGCGGGCGACGCAGCUGUCGUGCGAUGAGGGGGCACUCAACCAGCUCUGGUUGGCGAAUUUGGAUGUCGACCAAGCCCGGAAACUCUCGGGCAGCUAUGUCGCUUGUAUCCAGGCGCCAACGUUGGCGCGGUCGGAUCUGGACAAUCCCGUGGCGUGGGACAAGUUGUGGGAUUGGUGCGAGGCCGAGGGGCGGUCGCAUACUAUGAUAUAG